CCCAAUAGUCAGUGACCAGGUCAAAAUGGAAGAUGAUUUAGAAGAGUUGAAAAGGCUUCGAAAGAUGAAAAAUAAAAACUAUCGCCGUAAGCAAGAAAGUGAUGAUGAAGCUGAGGAAACUAAUACACCUAAUAAAACGGACAAUUCAUUGAAAAACGACGAUUCAUUAUUCAAAACUGCUGAAUCUGAUAUGAGCUCCAUAAUGGGAUUUGCAAGUUUUGGCAAAAAAGCGCGAACAUUUGAUUUUGACGCAUUAUUUGAGCAAACAAGAAGAGCUGCGAAGGAAAAGUUUGAACAAAAGCACGACGAAAUGUCUCCUCCAAAAGUCCUAAAAUGCAAACAGCCAGUUUCUAAUGAAAGACGUACAGUCCCUUCACCGCUAAACGGCCGCAGACCGGAUGGUGGCUCUACUGACUCUUCUUCUGAUGAAAAUUCCAGCGAUUCUGAUGGUGAAAUGAUCGGACCCGCAGUUCCAGAAAGUUAUAAAGCCGAAACAGGUCAGGCAUCAAAAGCUAAAGAUCCUGAGGAUUCUGAUAGUGACGACAAAAGUUCUGUUAUGGUUAAUGACAGGUAUAAAAUCAUACCUGCAAGCCACGAAGUUGUUUUAGAGCAUGGUAGCAAAACGGUUUCAGCUAUCAGUCUUGAUCCAAAUGGUGCUCGUUUAGCAACUGGAGGAUAUGACUUUGAUGUAAAAUUUUGGGAUUUUGCAGGCAUGGAUGCAUCUUUACAAUCGUUUAGGACACUGAGACCUUGUGAAGCUCAUCAAAUAAAAAAUCUUGAAUACAGUGUCACUGGAGAUACAAUACUUAUCGUUGCUGGUAAUUCUCAAGCAAAAAUCCUUGAUAGGGAUGGGUUUGAGUUAUUAGAAUGUCCAAAAGGGGAUCAAUAUAUCACUGAUACUGCUAAAACCAAGGGUCAUUCUGCCAUGUUAAAUGACGGAUGCUGGCAUCCAAGGGUUAAAGAAGAAUUUCUCACUUGUUCAAAUGAUGGAAGUUUAAGAAUUUGGCACAUGGAUGAAAAGGCCAAGCAGGUAAAUGUCAUUAAACCAAGACAGCAAGGUGGAUUGCGUGCCCUCCCAAUUUCAUGUCGUUAUAGUAGAGAUGGCCUUCUUGUUGCUGCUGCAUGUCAAGAUGGCUCAAUUCAAAUGUGGGACCACAGAAAGCAUUUUGUAAAUACAGCACUUUUGGUUAGAAAUGCUCACGAUAGAGGGACAGAUAUUUCAUCUUUAGCAUUCUCUUAUGAUAAUAACUAUAUUUGUUCCAGAGGUUGUGAUGAUACUCUAAAGUUAUGGGAUUUAAGGAACUUUAAGCAGCCUGUUAAUAGAGUCACUGACUUAUUCAACAGAUAUUCAGUGACGGACUGCAAUUUUAGCCCUGAUGAUAGUUAUAUUUUUACCGGAGUUUCUUUGGAAAAACACGAAAAGAUAGGUAGACUUGUCUUCUUUCACCGUCAUACUUUUGAAAUAGCGUACGAGCUGGAAGUGGGAGACUCUGACGUUGUUAGGAGCAUGUGGCAUCCUAAGUUGAAUCAGAUUAUUGCGAGCACAAAGAGUGGUACUGUAAAAGUGUACUACAAUCCAAAUCUCAGUGAACGUGGGGCUAAGCUUUGUGUGGUAAAAGAAAAACGCAAAGUCAAGCAGGCAGAAAUGAUUUGUGAGCAGCAGAUCAUCACUCCACAUGCUUUGCCAAUGUUUAGAGUUGACAGAGCAAGAAGUACGAAAAAGCAAAUGGAGAAAGACAGGAAAGAUCCUGUAAAAUCUCAAAGGCCUGAUUUGCCUGUUACCGGACCAGGACAAGGUGGUCGAAUUGCUUCGGCCGGAAAUACCCUCUCAUCUUUCAUAGUAAAUAAUCUGGGACUAAAGAAAAAAGUUGACGAUACUCUAAAUCCUCGAGAAGCAAUUUUAAAGUAUGCUAAAGAAGCAGCUGAGAAUCCAUAUUGGGUCACACCUGCAUAUUCAAAAACACAACCUACACCUAUAUUUACUGCAGAAGAACAAAAUACUGACGAACCACCGAAAAAGCAGAUGAAACUUAAUUAACUAUUCUUUUUUAAUGCUAAAGUUAAAAACUUUGUACCAACAUUUAUGACUAAUGUAUUUUAUAAAUUUAUAAGGACCCAAUUUUUUUGAGGAAAUGCUUUAAUACUACUG